AUGUCCGAAUUCCCAUCCCACAGACUCGGCCAAAUGUCUACAAAUCCAAAGUCCCUAGAUGCGGAGUUCUACUCCUGCUUAGGAAUCGAAUAUGAAGCCGCCUUCGGAUUCAAUCAUGCGCUCCUAGACUUCAUCGAGCAGUCUCUGACAUAUUUACCACGCAAAGCCACCGUCCUGGAUGCUGGAUGUGGCACCGGCCAGCCGGUGGCCAGUAAACUCGCCUCCUCAGGUCAUCGCGUAAUCGGUAUCGACGUCUCGAGCGUGAUGGUGGAACUGAGCAAAGAAGCAGUACAGAGCGGGGAGUUUCACAUCGCAGAUAUGCGAGAGUACACCGUCCCCGACGGGACGCAGUUGGACGCCGUUUUCAACAUUUUGUCGCUUUCCAAUCUCACCCGAGAGGAGAUAGAACAACUCAUGCUGCGGUGGAAGGCCUGCUUGCCUGUUGGGGGUAUGCUCUUCAUUGCGACCCUUGCAGCCGAAGACUGCCAACCCGAGAUGCGGGGGAAGGGUUAUGAUCCUGAUGGCCGGUGUGCGCGGGAUAUGAGAUUUAGUUUCAUGGGAGAAUAUGUCACCUCGACGCUUUUUACCCGUCCUGGGUGGAAGGGACUUCUGGAGGCGAGUGGCUUUGCUGUGGUCGAGUCUCAUACAAGAACUUUUGUCCCGUCCCCGGAAGCUGAGUGUGAGGAGGAGCCACAGUACUUUAUUGUAGCACGAAAAAUAUAA